UUGGCCCGGCACCCAGGGCCUGCUGAGCAUCGCUUCCGCUCUGCUCCUGCCUCAGCAGCUGCCUCGUGGGCAGCCAAAGGCAGGCAUCCAGGGGGCUUUGUCUGGUCAGGCUGGGCUAGGACAGAAUGGGGGUUCUGGGGGUUCUGCUGGGGGUGCUGGCUUUCCUAAAGGUUGCUCCAGGAAACUCCCGCACCCUUCACUGGGACAGUACCUCCUGCCACUUGGUCAAGCCCAUCCCUGGUAGCCCGCUGGGUUCCCUGAGCUUCUUAGGCAAAGAUGACCAAGGCCUGGCGCUAUUCCAGGCCCUCUGGGACGCGCACCACAGGCUGCGGGUAUGUAUCAGGCAGGAUGAACCCGAGCUCAUCACAGCUUUCAGGGCCCUCUGUGCUGGUCAGCCGGCACAGCAAUUUUUCGUCCACAUCCCUGGACCUCAGCUUCAGAGAGCACUGGCCACCCUGCAGAGCCAGUGGGAGGCCUGUCAAGGGUCUGAGGACAGUCCAACAGGAGCCAGGAAGAAGCGAGAGACGGGACCGAGUGGAGCACCUGACAGGGAGCAUCUUCGAAGGAGGAGAGGCUGGACCAUUCCUGGCACGCUGUGGUGUGGAGUUGGGAACUCUGCUGGAAAUUCCUCAGAACUGGGUGUGUUCCACGGCCCCGACCUCUGCUGCCGGGAACACGACCAAUGCCCACAAACCAUCUCGCCCUUGCAAUAUAACUAUGGCAUCCGGAACUUCCGAUUUCACACCAUCUCUCACUGCGACUGUGACGCCAGGUUUCAACAAUGCCUGAGGAGCCAGCACGACUCUAUCUCCGACAUCAUGGGCGUGGCCUUCUUCAACCUGCUGGAGAUCCCCUGCUUUGUGCUGAAGGAACAGGAGGCCUGUGUGGCCUGGCACUGGUGGGGCAUGUGCAGGGCAUAUGGCUCAGUGCUCCUUGCUCAACUUCAGCCCAGGACCUACUAUAACGCCUCCUGGAAAGCUGCAGCCACCUCACUUACUCCUAGUCCCCCGAGCCCAGUCCCCAGCAAACACCUCCAGCAGACACAAGCCAGACACCAUAGCUCAACCACCACCACUACCCUCCAGACCCCUGCCCUCUCCUCUAGGCCUGAUACGAUGCCCAGCAGAGCCCAGUCAGGAGGAGUCCCCCAGCCAGGCCUCUGGGAUGGCCCAAAACAUCAAGAUGCCCACCGCGUCUGUCGAAGCCUUCGCCACCUGGACCAGUGUGAACACCAGAUCAAGCCGCAGGAGACCAAGUUCCACCUGCCCAACAGUGCCCACACGCCCCUUUUCCAUUGCAAUUGCACCCGCCGUCUGGCACGUUUCCUGAGGCUCCACAGCCCACCUGCAGGCACCAACAAAGUCUGGGAGCUCCUGGGCAUCACCUGCUUCAAGUUGGCCCCCCAACUCAACUGUGCAGAGGGCAAAGGCUGUUCCAGGGACCACAAGGCCAUCAGGGUGUCAGCUCCACACUUGCGGAGGCUUCGGCAGAACCGACUCCAUUUCUGGGAUAAAGGCACAAGUGGGGUUCUGGCACAGCCUCUAGAGGCCCCGGGGACCUCCAUGUCCUUGUACAGUCAGUGUCUGCAACUCACCCAAACCAUCUGGAGACCCAGUGGACAGAAGAAACUCCGGAGCUCCUGACCUCAGGCCCAGCAGCUUAGGCACCAGCCUGGACCUCCUUCCUGGCAUUGCUAUGUCCUGAGAGACUUGGCUUCUUCUUCAUGGAUGACCAUGGUUCUCAAGGACACCAGGAGGACUCAUGGAACUAACCUCAAGGCCCCAAUGCUGGACCACAUCUCCCGCUGUCCUGGAAGACCCUGAACUGGUGGCACAACCUCUCCCUGCUGGGAUGUGGUGUUUGGAAGGCUAUUCUGACACCUCAGGCGGCUUAGACCUAGCCAGGUAACUUUAUACACAGAUGGAAAUGAGGAUUGGCUCACUGCAGGGGUCCCAGGAGGUGCCGGAUGCAGGUGCCUGACUCUCCCUGUGGCAAACUUAGCAGGUCUCAAGACCUGCCUCUUCUGGGAGUUCCAGGACUUGGCUGUGAG